AAGAGGGCUGUGGGCAUCAUCUAUCAGUUCUCUUUCUCUCUCUUCCUCCAAGCUAGCUAGCUUGUUCCUCUUGUUCUUCCAAGUCUUCCUUCUAGGUCGUCCUUCUAGGUCGUCCUUCUAGGAUAUGAGUGGGAGCAACUUUGGAGAUAGCAUGGGCUGGGGCAGAUCGUCCAGCUCCCGGAGGGGCAAGAGAGGCGGCGGAGGGAGCGGUGGCAGCGGCACCGACAAGCCAAAGCAGCCGCAGCGGGGGCUCGGCGUGGCGCAGCUGGAGAAGAUUAGGUUACAGAGUGAAAUGGCGGAGUACUUCCAGCCUCCCGGAGGUCAGCCACCAAGUUUGAUCCACAGAACGGCCAGCCUCAAUUUGGAGGAUACCCGGGCUUCGACGUCCUCACUGUCAUCAUCCCCAUCGUCCCCCUUCCAUGCUGCCGCCGUCUCUUCAGCAUUCCCGGUCCAUCCAAAUUUUGGGAUGGCAUAUGGAGAGAGAGGAGACACACGAUAUGGUGAAUUCCAGACUCCCAUCGUCAGAUCGCCAGGCAGCAGCAAUAUCUAUGGGCCACCAAAUUACUCGCAUCCUGGCGUCACAUUGCCGCUCUUUGCGCCAGAGGAAUCCACCCGUCUGAGGGGACACCAUGACCGAAGCCGAUCAGCGGAUUCGACGAGUAUGAACUCUGACGAUCCACAAGACGUGGACCUUGAGCUAAAGCUAUGAUCCUGGAAUGUUCUCCUCCCACAUGUUCUCAUCUCCUUUGAUCUUAUGCGACACUUCCUUUCCUUAGUCUUGAUGGUUUUUCCUUGUGGUGCAAUAAGUUUCUGAAUUGAUGCCACUAGCUAAAACCAAGGAUUUGCCAGCUUGUGUAAUGCGCAAAAGAAAAAGAGAGAGAAUAACAAUUCGAUUUUUUUUUUUUU